AUGCGUUCUUACACAGCACAAGCUUUGGCUUUACUUGUCGCUUCGGCUUCAGUUGCUAACGCUCGCAUUACAAUCAAGAAUAGUUGUUCUUAUCCCGUUUAUGUGAAGGAGAGCAACGCCAUCAUCAACCAGCAACCAGGCUUUGCGUGCGAUAUGGGUCCUAAUAAAGGCCCUUGCCCCGCCCAGGCCACAAUGACUGAGCCAUGGACAGUUCAGGGAGGCAGCUCGACCAGUCUUGAAAUCCAUCCUAAAGGUGCAACAUCUGUCAAGAUAUCUAAAGACAACGAUUGGAUCACACCCAAGGUAACUCAGUUCGAGUAUAACCAGGAUCCAGAUAAGUUCUGGUGGGAUGUCAGCGACAUCGAUGGAGAUGGAAGGGCCCGCGCUGGAAGUCCGUUUUUCAGUGAGAAUGUCAUGGCCUGGACGGAUGGAGAUGUAGGAGAUUCAAAGACUUGCAUUCCAGUUAAGUGCAAGAAGAACGAGAUGUGCAAGGACGCCUAUCAGUUUCCUGACCAGAAGGCAACUCAUUCUUGCCCUGCUCACACAAACGACUUCACAAUGGAAUUCUGCGUCUCAGAUGCUGAUUUCGAUGCCAAGCAACUUCCACAAGCAUUUGUUGGCAGACGAUCAGUAUCUUUCGUCGCUUAG